GAUUCAGGGAGGAAGAGUGCCCACCCCACUCACAGGCAAGUGGGAGGGGCACCAGAGGAAUGUGGGAAGGCCUGGAGAGGGGCUGAAGGGUCAGGCCGGUCAUUCUGAUCCUGUGGGCAGUCUUGGGCGCUUCGUGGAGGAGGUGUUACUAAAGCGGAUGUUGGUAGGUGGCAAGGAAGGGAAAGGGCACGCCAGGCAGCAGGACAUGGAGACAGAGGCUCGGGGCCGGGACCGAGGCACUGAGGGGUGAGAAGAGGCUUGGGGGCGGUCAGUGCUGCUGGGUGGGCCUCAGGGGUCAGGCAUAGAACCUGCACAGUCUCCAGGGCGGUGGGCAGCCACAGACAGGUGUUUGCAGGGAGGGGCUUUGUGAGGUUUGCAUGAAAGCUGUGGAGGGAAGGCUGGGGCAAGGAGGCAAAGGAUGAGCCCCCAGGGAUAGGCUGGCUGGUUUGUCAGAUGUAAGCUUGGUGCUGUUCUUCUGUCUGUUAUUUUGAGUCAUCCUCACAGAGGCGAACCAUGUACCAGGCCCGGGGCUGGGCCCAGGAUCCAGAGAUUGGGCUUAAAUACCACUCCCUGGAGGGCUGUUGGGGCGGCCAGGUGACAGUGCACACUUCUUCCUGGAGAUAGAAGGGUUUGAGUCCAACCCCACUGUGACCAAGACCUCGCCGCCCAUCUUCUCCAAGCCCAUGGACUCCAACAUCCGGCCAUGCGUCUCGGGCAACUGUGAUGACAUGGACUCCCCCCAGUCCCCUCAGGAUGACGUGACAGAGACCCCAUCCAAUCCUAACAGUCCCAGGUUGGAAACUGCUAUCAGUGACGACAUGGAGGAGCCUAGAGGAUGUGAUGUGAGCACAACAAGCCAGGCUCUCACUCACAGUGCAAACCUGGCCAAGGAAGAAAAGAGGCGGCGGAAGCAUCGGCUGAAGAAGCGCAUCUUCACGGCCGUGUCUGAGGGCUGCGUGCAGGAGCUGGUGGGGCUGCUACUGGAGCUGCAGGAGCUGUGCAGGCGCCACCGCGGCCUGGACGUGUCUGACUUCCUCAUGCACAAGCUGACCGCCUCGGACACGGGCAAGACCUGCCUGAUGAAGGCCCUGCUGAACAUCAACCCCAGAACCAAGGAGAUUGUGCGGAUCCUGCUCACCUUCGCCGAGGAGAACGGCAUCCUGGACAGGUUUAUCAAUGCCGAGUACACGGAGGAGGCCUACGAAGGUCAGACGGCGCUGAAUAUCGCCAUUGAGCGGCGCCAGAGAGACAUCGCGGCGCUCCUCAUCGCUGCAGGCGCCGACGUCAACGCCCACGCCAAGGGGGUCUUCUUCAACCCCAAGUACCAGCACGAGGGCUUCUACUUCGGUGAGACGCCCCUGGCCCUGGCGGCUUGCACCAACCAGCCCGAGAUUGUGCAGCUGCUGAUGGAGAACGAGCAGACAGACAUCACCUCGCAGGACUCCCGGGGAAACAACAUCCUGCACGCCCUGGUGACCGUGGCCGAGGACUUCAAGACGCAGAACGACUUCGUGAAGCACAUGUACGACAGGAUCCUGCUGCGGAGCGGCAGCUGGCAGCUGGAGACCAUGCGCAACCACGACGGCCUCACGCCGCUGCAGCUGGCCGCCAAGAUGGGCAAGGCCGAGAUCCUGAAGUACAUCCUGGGCCGCGAGAUCAAGGAGAAGCCGCUCCGGGGCCUGUCCCGGAAGUUCACCGACUGGGCCUACGGGCCGGUGUCCUCCUCGCUCUAUGACCUCACCAAUGUGGACACCACGACGGACAACUCCGUGCUGGAAAUCAUUGUCUACAACACGAACAUCGAUAACCGGCACGAGAUGCUGACCCUGGAGCCCCUGCACACGCUGCUGCAUAUGAAGUGGAAGAAGUUCGCCAAGUACAUGUUCUUCCUCUCCUUCUGCUUCUAUUUCUUCUACAACAUCACCCUGACCCUCGUGUCUUACUACCGUCCCCGGGAGGAGGAGGGCUGGGGAACGUCCCGCCCACCCACUCAUUUUGUGGGGCCCUGCCAAGGCAACCACAGCUGGGACUCGAAAUUCCACCUAUUGCAGGCUAAUUUUCAAGUUGCUGUUUGUGUGGCCCAUGAGGCCCUCCCGCACCCCUUGGCCUUGACACACAACAUGGGGUGGCUGCAGCUCUUAGGGAGGAUGUUCGUGCUUAUCUGGGCCACGUGCAUCUCUGUGAAAGAGGGCAUUGCCAUCUUCCUGCUGAGACCCUCGGAUCUGCAGUCCAUCCUAUCGGACGCCUGGUUUCAUUUUGUCUUUUUUGUCCAAGCUGUGCUUGUGAUACUGUCUGUCUUCUUGUACUUGUUUGCCUACAAAGAGUACCUCGCCUGCCUCGUGCUGGCCAUGGCCCUGGGCUGGGCGAACAUGCUGUACUACACGCGGGGGUUCCAGUCCAUGGGCAUGUACAGCGUCAUGAUCCAGAAGGUCAUUUUGCACGAUGUCCUCAAGUUCUUGUUCGUAUAUAUCGUGUUCUUACUUGGAUUUGGAGUAGCGCUGGCGUCGCUGAUUGAGAAGUGCUCCGAGGGCAACGCGGAGUGCAGCUCCUACGGCAGCUUCGGGGACGCGGUGUUGGAGCUCUUCAAGCUCACCAUCGGCCUGGGCGACCUGAACAUCCAGCAGAACUCCAAGUACCCCAUCCUGUUUCUGUUCCUGCUCAUCACCUACGUCAUCUUCACCUUCGUCCUCCUCCUCAACAUGCUCAUCGCCCUCAUGGGCGAGACCGUGGAGAAUGUGUCCAAGGAGAGCGAGCGCAUCUGGCGCCUGCAGAGAGCCAGGACGAUCUUGGAGUUUGAGAAGAUGUUGCCGGAAUGGCUGAGAAGCAGAUUCCGCAUGGGGGAGCUGUGUAAAGUGGCCGAGGAAGACUUCCGACUGUGUUUGCGGAUCAAUGAGGUGAAGUGGACCGAAUGGAAAACACACGUCUCCUUCCUGAAAGAAGACCCGGGACCCAUAAAACGGACAGCAGACUUAAACAAGAUUCAAGAUUCGUCCAGGAGCAACAGCAAAACCACCCUCAAUGCAUUUGAAGAAAUGGAAGAAUUCCCGGAAACUUCAGUGUAGAUGCAAACCCAGGGCUGUCUGAUGCUGCAGGCUGAGACUCUGUGCUGAGGGGCUUUGCAGGGUGCUGGGCCUGGCUCUGCCAGCCCAGGAGCAGCAAGCCCCCACCCCCCCCAAUGCUGAGUGCCACUGGACUGAGGGGCACUUGCCAGUUGAAACGCCCUGGGAUUUGCUAGUUGGCAGAGUUUGUGUGCACCCAUGGCCAGUGGCCCCGAAAAUGGGAGUGUCCUGAAGUCAUGGGUGAAGUCCCUGAUUUCACAAACUGCUGGUCAGCAGACGGGGGUGGGGUGGGGUGGUGCCGAGUCUUCCUGCUGCCAGUGUCUCCCAAGAUCACAGAUCCCAGCCCCCACACCUCACGGACAUCCUCACCACGCCCGAAUGCGUGGGAGACUUUUGAUCUUGUCCCAGGAUGUGCAGGGCUCUGAGCUGAGCCACAUAUCCUGAGGGAGGAGGGGAGCGAGUUCUGGAAAUGUCCUUCUGGAACCUUCAGAAAACAGGAAACCACCCUUGGAAAGAAACCCAGGGCUUAGACCGAGGGAGAUUUUUAGUAGCGUGAUGAACACAGGAGUUUUAUUUUCAAUAGAGACAAGACAUUUCAGUUUUUGAAUGAAAAUUACUUUAGAUGAAGGAUGUGAUUUUUAAAAAGCUGAGAAGUAGAUUUUGGGCUUGUUGUGUUAGAUAAUUGGCCUCAGGGUAGCCGGGCAAGGACAAAAGGCUUUUCUUCACACACACAGAAGUUCACUUGGACUGGCUGGGUGGGUCCUUUCCCCGGGGGCUGGGAUCUGGGUGAAAGGGCUUGGCUCCUAUCCUGGCCCCUUCUCGUCCUGUCGCAAGGCAUGGAGCUGGGAUCACGGCUCCAUCUGAAACGAAAGUAGCAGCUGCUCUGUUCCUACGCCCUUGACUUUGAGAGGUUAUGAGUGUCUGUCUUUGGGGGGAAUUUAACAAAAUACCUGAAAUGCUUUGGCAUUAAAUAUCUUUGUUAACUGUGAAUUCUGAGGCUGACGGGGAAGGCUUGUGAACGAGGAACGUUUGCCAAGACUUGGAGCUUAUUUUUAGAUCUUCACCCUCUGAUGUGCUGCCCCUGCAAUUACUCAGAGUCAGUUUGGGGGCAGGGGUGAGGCGGAGAUUGGCGAAAUCUUCUAGGUGACCAGAGCUUAAGCAAACACAAAUCCACUCUGCCUCUGUUAUCUGGGGAAAGGGUUCCUGGGGGGAGUUUGUGAAGUGAAAUUAUAAAGAUAGUUACCAUGAGUUAAUUUUAAUUUUAAUUGUAUUUUAAAAAUUAAUUUUGUUUAAGAGGCUGAGAGGUGUACAUAGACAGAGCUCCCACCUGCUGGUUCACUCCUCAAAUGCCUGCACAGUGGCCCCAGGCUGGGGCUGAAGCCAGGAGUCAAGAACUCAAUCCAGGUUUCCCACAUGGGUGGCAGGGACCCAGUCACUUGAGCCAGCACCACGGCCUCCAGGGUGUGCAUGAGCAGGGAGCUCGAAUCAGGAGUGGAGCCGGGAAUCAAACCCAGGUACUUCAAUGUAGGAUGUGAGUUUCUUAACUGCUAGGCCAAAUGCCUGUCCCUUAAUUUUAAACGGCACAAGAGUUCAUUUGGCUUUCAGACAACUUGGCAAUUUCCUUUUUAAUCUGACUUGAGGCAAACCGAGUCCUGGUCGAGCCAUGGGCCAGUGUCUGCACCCCUGCACCUCCACUGCUCUGGGUGUCAGCUUAGCUAGAUGGAUAGAGACUUGGCCUCUGUGCCCCGAUGGCUGGGUUGGGGAGAAGGGGGAGGGGAAGAAGAUGCAGCAUUGAGAACUCCACCACCUGGCAGCCCUCACACUCCCAGCCAAGCUGUGGCGUCAACAGGUGUGCUAAGCCAGGGGCAUGCAGCCAAGCUCAGGUGUGGGGUAGGUGGCUCUGGGUAUGAGUCUCUGGAGAAGAGAUUUGAGGGGCUGUCAUGGGGGCAGAAUGUGUGCCUGGUGUGCAGAACUAGCAAAAGAAUUAGAGAAAGAUGUUGGCUCAGUUCAGUCCAGCAACAACUCCAGAUAUUGGAGAUAUUUAAACAGAAGAAGUUUGAGCAGUCAUUAGGGACGUUGUUGAAGAUAGUAACUGAGUGAACAUCGAGUUUCCUUUCAGUGUGGAGAUUCUACAACCCAGCCCUCCACAGACGCAGUCACCUCCUUGCUUUUAUGCUGAGCAGGCGCUCUGGUUUGAAGGGCAGCCACUUGGACCCAUGGUGCCAUGCGCUACACUGUGGAGCUGGGAACUCCAGAACUGCUUUGCAUAGGAUAGUAAUAGCUAAAUCUAUGUGGUUCCCUGUUUCCCACUUGGACAGGUAUUGGGGAUGUUUGGCAAAUGGAAAUCAGUAACUGGGCCUCUGUCUUCUCAUAUGUGACAGAGAGCUGCUCUCUGUGGAUCUGUGUGGAAUGUGUUGGUAAGAUCACUUUCUGUGUUGGGUGUUCCAUGGCAUCCCCCAAAGGCUUUCAGCCUAGAAGGUCUGAGCCUAGGCAGGUUUCCCAAGGCAAAGGGAAGCAAUGGGCUUGAAAGCACCCAAGUCAAAAGGACCCCAUUUUUUACACCUGGAGACUAAACUGACUGGAACGUGUGCUUGUUCAGAGUCAUGUGGGAAGUUCUACCAGAGCUGUUGAAGCAGGAAUAUCCCAGUUCCUGGACCAUGGAUUGCCCAUGCACCAGUUUUGUUUUUAAAGCACACAUAUUCAGGACGUUUGAGUCUAGCUAUGUGGUCAGCAAAUGUCAGGGACUAGGGCUUUGUGUCAGAUGGCUCAUUUGGCAGGCAACACUGUGCCCGUGAUCGCGCUGGCUGGUCUAAAAGUCAAGUGUACACACACACUCUGAGCCCAUGGGCCUCUCAGGACAUGGUGACAUGUGAUGAUUUGCAUUUCAGAAAGUUAAGGGGAAGGUGUUUUCCAGGGAUGGGAUCGCCCAUGCUCAGACUGUGGGUUUUGCUGCAAUUGUUCUUCCAGCUAAACCUCUCCUCAGAAAGAAUUCAUUAUUCUGGACAUGAUGUGAUGGAUCUAUUUGAACAAAAAGGGUGCUGCUUUCCUCGCUGGGGUAUGGGAGAAGUUGUGCGAGGUUGUACUGUGAACUCACUGAGCUCUUGGCAGGCCCCUGCCUGAGAGAGCCCAGUGUUGCUGACAUUCCUUUCCUUCCUCAAGUCCUGGGGAGCUGUGUCCUGUUGCUCUGGGCAGGGCCCGGGUAGAUGGGGCGUCCCCUGAGCCUGUAAGCCAUACUUGACCGCUGCACUGAUUUACAUGUUGUUUUAUAAACUGUGAUCUUGAUUCCAAACACAGCAUUGUCACCCCUUCUCACUGAACAUGCCUGAUCUUUGUAAACUGUAAUUUACAUCCUUGUUCUUAGUGCUGUGUGUGUGAAACUCUAUGUUCAAGAAAGAAAUCAUACGAAGAGCAAGAACAUUUUACUCCAUGGAAGAAAUGCUUUUUUUUUCUUUUUGGUUUGUAAUAAAUAUUUAUUUUGCCUU